AUGUUUUGCAGUCGUUUCACUGUGGAGGAUGAACUGUACGCUGAAGUGUGCAAAGGCUUUCCGGAACAAGUGGUGAUAUUCCCUUGGACUUCGCGACCGAAACGAACCUUUGAUUAUACUCGUCGGCGUGACGCAGGAGGAAGCGCGUAUGAGCGCGGUGAACAGCCACCGAAUAAACGAUGGGCUGGUGAAGAUGUACGAUGGAAUCAACAUCAUCGAAAUGAUCAAGGUGACUGGAGAGGAGGUGGUAGGUCGGGCUGGGGCCGAAGACAACCAGGAGAGGGAUACGGCAAUUGGCAUGGACGAGGUCGGGGGAAUUGGUCCCGAGGACAUGACGCCAGGCAAGAUUCGUCAUCAAGGGGACGACCAGGAUGGAACAAUGGCGGUGGUGAUCCACCGAACUGGAACAAUGCUCGGAAUGAACAGUGGACGACAAAUGACCGAGAGAGGCAAAGUAAUUAUCCGAACAGAUAA